GAGGAUUUAAGCUUGUGGAGGAGUUGCCGCAGGGAAGCCGAAGAGGAUUGGGUUAUGGCCACUUCGAAGACGGUGAUGUGUUCGCUGACCCACUUGCGUCCGCUAACAUGCGCCGCAUCUGCAUCGGCGUCACGAAUAGUUCCCUACCCACCCGACCUCAUAAAGUGGGUAACCAGAGAGGGCGGGUUCGUGCACCGCGCGCUCGAUAUAGCACAACUGGGUUCAUCCAACGGACUGGGUCUAGUGGCCAAGGAACCAAUUCCACGUGGCACUGACCUAAUUGUCCUCCCGCACCACCUUCCCUUGCGAUUUACCACUCUUGAACACGACCCUGUGCUGCAUCACUUGGCGCGCCAAAUCCCUGAGGAACUAUGGGCAAUGAAACUGGGUUUGAAGCUUCUGCAAGAGAGGGCAAAAGUUGGGUCCUUUUGGUGGCCGUACAUAAGUAAUCUCCCUGAAACAUACACCGUGCCUAUUUUCUUUCCUGGGGAGGACAUAAAGAACUUGCACUAUGCUCCACUUCUUCAUCAGGUAAACAAAAGAUGUCGGUUUCUUCUUGAUUUUGAGCAAGAAGUGAAGCGUGCCUUAGCGAGUGUUAAGCCAGAUAGCCAUCCUUUUGGUGGUCAAGAAGUAGAUGCAUCUUCUCUUGGAUGGGCAAUGUCAGCAGUCUCAUCUAGAGCCUUCAGGUUGUAUGGUGAAAAGGAUCAGAAUGGGGACCGGAUUCACAUACCCAUGAUGCUCCCUCUGAUUGAUAUGUGCAAUCAUAGUUUCAAUCCAAAUGCUAGAAUUGUUCAGGAAGAAGAUACCGAUACCAUGAAGAUGCAAGUGAAGGUUGUGGCUGAGACAGCCAUCAAAGAAGAUGAUCCUCUGUUACUUUGCUACGGCUGUUUAAACAAUGAUUUUUUCCUUCUUGAUUAUGGAUUUGUGAUUCACUCAAACCCUUUUGAUUGUAUCGAGCUCAAAUAUGAUGGCGCUCUUUUGGAUGCUGCAAGCACUGCAGCUGGAGUUUCUUCACCAAAUUUCUCAGCACCUGCUCCAUGGCAGGAACUGAUUUUAUCUCAGUUGAAUCUAUCUGGAGAAACUCCAGAUCUCAAGGUGAGCUUAGGUGGUCAAGAAACAGUAGAGGGCCGCUUGGUGGCUGCAUUGCGAGUAGUCCUUUCGAGUAAUGUGGAAACUGUGCAGAAGUAUGAUCUCAGUACACUAAAGUCUUUGGAUGUUGAGGCUCCUCUCGGUGUUGCAAAUGACAUAGCUGUAUUUCGCACCCUAAUUGCUUUGUGCGUCAUCGCACUGGAACACUUUCCGACCAAAAUAAUGGAUGAUGAAUCUCUGUUGAAGCAGGGUGCUUCAGGUUCAACCGAGUUAGCCAUUCAGUACAGAAUCCAAAAGAAAUGCGUGAUUAUAGACGUAAUGAAAAAUCUCUCAAGGAGGGUAAAGCUUCUAUCAUCAAAGGAAACAGCUACCGCUGAAGGCUGAGUGUAUGCUUAUUUUCCUUAAAACUUCCCAACCGGCUCUAAAGUGAAUGCUAAACUAACAAUGGAUCCACUUUCAGUUUAAUGCGGCGCUUAUUCAAACACACAUUGGGUGAUUAAGUUGAACGUGCCGCUCAUUCAAUGAUUGUGAACGAUUAGUUAUUUGCUUGCUGCUAUGAAUAUCCCUUUUCCCUUUUAUUCUCUUUUUGAUUUGUUUGCCAUGUAAUUUUGAUUGAGCUAGUUACUUAAGCCGUUUGACAAAUCUUCUACUGAAAUAUAAGCAGUGCUACUUAUUUUAUUUAA